AUGGAGAAGAGGAGGAUAUUGAUGAUGAAGAACAAGAACAAGAACUUCAAAGAGUCCGACAAGGUCGUAGCCGGCGGGAGAGGAGAAGAUGAAGAUGAAGAAGACGACGAACAGUUCGAAGCGAAGAAUGGGGAUACGAUUAGGGCGAGGUUAGAGUCGAAGCGGCAUGUUCAGGGUGGGGUCGCUGAGUACGGUAUAAUCGAAUACAUCGAAAUGCGCCAGUUCAUGUGCCACAAGUACCUCACCUUCCAUUUCGGUCCCCAGAUCAACUUUAUCACCGGGCAUAACGGGAGUGGCAAAAGCGCAGCUUUAUCCGCACUCACCGUCGCUCUAGGCGGCAAAGCCAACUCUACCGGCCGAGGAAGCGGGAUCAAGUCCUUCAUUCGCGAAGGCCAAAGCGUCUCAGAAGUAACGAUCCACCUCAAAAACCAAGGCGAAGAAGCGUACAAGACCACCGAGUACGGCAAGACCAUCGUCAUCACGAGAAGGUUCACAAAAGAGGGCGGAUCGUCCUGGAAGAUCAAGAGUAAGGAUGGAAAGGUGAUUAGUACGAAGAAGGAAGAGCUCGCUGCGAUUUGCGAUCAUAUGAAUAUCCAGGUGGAUAAUCCGAUGAAUGUGUUGACGCAGGAUUCUGCGAGGCAGUUCUUGAGCGCUAGUCAUCCUCAGGAUAAAUACAAGUUCUUCCUCCGCGGCACCCAACUCUCCCGGCUCUCAGACGAAUACGACACCUGCCUCGAAAACAUUACACAAACCGCCAAAGUCCUCGCCCAAAACAAAGAAGCACUACUUGACCUCCGGACACGGUUUGCAGAGGCUUCGGCGAGGUACCAAGAAGCUGCCAAGGCUAGGGAGCAGAAGCAGAAGUUGGAUGAUCUGAAGAAGGAGUUGGCUUGGUCGCAUGUUAAGAAGAAGGAGGAUGAGAUGACGAGUAAGAUUGGGGAAGUGGCAAAGGCGAGUAGGAGGUUGCCGAGGAUUGAGGAGAGUAUUAAGGAUGCGCAGGUCGGUUUUUUCUUCUUUCGUUGA